GUCAAGUCUUCAAGUUUACUUAUUAUAUUGAAAAAGUUGUACCGAGAGAAAGAAUCAGCGAAUUAAAAUGAAUGAUCCUUACCUUCGAUAUCAAUACGACGGGGAACCACUGCUGGAUGUUUAUAAUUCGAAAAAUAUCAAUUUGUCAGUUGGCAUUCCUGGUCCUGAUUUAUUGCGUCAUUGUGGGGAUAUGAUGCUAACAGCAAUGAAACACCGAUUGAAAGAAGAAAGUCGGGAAAAUAAAUAUUAUCUAUUUCAAUAUGGUAUCAAUCCAGGUUUAUGGGAAUAUCGGAAUGAAUUAUCGCAAUUCCUAUCGAGAAGAUAUGGAGAUACGGUUAAAAGGGAGAAUUUAAUUUUAACCUGCGGUGCAGCAUCUGGAUUACUAUUAAUUAUUAACAGUAUUAUAUCUCCAGACGGUGUUAUUUUCGUUGAGGAAUUGACGUACAUGCAUGCAUUAGAUAUGUUUAAACAUUUUCCACUUAUGAAAAUAAUUCCAGUUCCAUUCAAACGUGAUUGCAUUGAUCUCGAUGCUUUCGAACAAUUACUUCUAAAGGAAAAGAAGCGACGCUUCACCAUUAAUAAGGAAAAGAUAUUUUGGGCAAUGUUUUACGCUAUACCAACAUUUCAUAACCCAACAGGAAAUACUUUAAAACCUGAGUUUUGUCAACGUUUAGUGCAAAUUGCUCGGAAGCAUUCGUUUCUAAUUGUCUGCGACGAUGUUUAUAAUCUUCUUCACUAUGAGGAAGAAUUUCCACCUCACAGAUUAUUUUUCUAUGACGAUCCAGAGGAUGAGGGUUACAAGGGUGGAAAUGUCAUAUCGAAUGGAUCGUUUUCGAAAAUUUUGUUUCCCUCUGUUCGUGUAGGCUGGAUGGAAUGUAGUCCGAAAAUUACCGAAAAUUUGAAGAAUUCGGGAAUCCUAAACGGAAGUGGUGCGGUCAACCAUUUUAUUUCUGGAACAAUAGCAAGUUUAUUGCAUUUAAAGCUUGAAGAUGAGUUUCUAGAUGUACUAAUCGAAACUUACAAGGAAAGGUUAUUGAAAGUCUGCACAAUAUUGGAUGAAUUUCUUCCUCAAAGUUGCUCCUAUACAAAGCCUAAAGGUGGCUACUUUAUUUGGAUUGAACUUCCUCAAGAUAUAGAUGCGUCAAUUUUCAAUGACUGGUGCAAAAAAGUUCAUAAUGUAAGCGGGAUUCCCGGAAUUCGUUUCUCUUGCACCAGAAAACAUAAAAACUUUUUUAGAAUAUGCUUUGCAUUUCAUUCGACUGAAAUUUUAAAAGAUGCCGUAAAAUCCAUAUGUCUGGGCUUAACAUACUAUAUUGUAAAUAUUAAUGAAAUUUUUUGAGAAAAUAUUAUUUAUAACACUAUUAGACGAUGAUAAAUUAGGAAUUUGGAUCUUAAUAUGGUAAUCCUGUAUAUAAAAGCAUAAAGUAAUAAAAAUACUUCUAAUAGUAAUGAUACUUUGGUUUAUUUUUGAACUCUUUGUAGAAUUAAUUUUUGAAAAACAUAAAAUUUAAAUUUCAAACAAUAGU